UGAAAAUGGCGGUCAACUAAGGAGUGAAAUGCGCAAAACGUUUGCUUAAAAAGUGAAUUAUGUCGUCCAUUGAAGUACGGAUACCUAGGAAACAGAGAAAACGGCCUGUGUCGUUCGCUGCUCAAGAUAUUAUAAGCAAGAAAGUUAUUUACUCGCCUGGAGAUAUAAUUACUGAGUCUUCAGACUAUAUGAGAGGCCAUGGAACAUUUGCAGAUGAAAAUAAUAAAGUUGUAGCAUCUGUAACAGGCACUUUGGAAAUUGUAAAUAAACUGAUCUCUGUAAAGCCAUUAAAAACAAGAUAUAAUGGUGAGGUUGGUGAUGUUGUUGUUGGAAGAAUAAAAGAGGUUGGUCAGAAACGUUGGAAAGUGGAUACCUUUGCCAAACUAGAUUCUGUGUUGAUGUUGUCCUCUGUGAAUUUACCUGGAGGGGAGCUGAGACGAAGAUCAGUCCAAGAUGAGCUAAUGAUGAGAGACGUCCUUUCUGAAGGAGAUCUGAUAAGCGCUGAAGUGCAAUCAAUAUUUCAGGAUGGUUCUCUUUCCUUACACACACGAAGUCAAAAAUAUGGCAAGCUGGAAGAAGGAUUGUUGGUUCAAGUUUCUCCUUCAUUAAUAAAGAGAUGCAAAACUCAUUUCCAUGACUUGUCGUGUGGAGUGAGUGUUAUCAUAGGAAAUAAUGGAUAUAUCUGGUUAAAACCUCUUGAAGACAACAAGGGAGAAGGAGUGACAAGAGAAGAUCGGGAAACAAUUGCUCGACUAAGAAAUUGCAUAUUGGCCCUGGCGGAGCAUAGAAUGCUGAUCUAUAAUUCUAGCAUUUCCUAUGCUUUUGAAGCCUCUAAACAACACAACAUUAAAGAUCUGUUGAAGCCUGAGGUGAAGGAUGAACUUGUGCAAAUCACCAAGCAGACACUGGAGGAACUGAUCAAAUCUGGUUCUGAGGAUCUUUAAGGAUGUGGGAUGUGAUUUAUAGAAUGACAUUGAAACGCCUACAGAAUAAAAUAAAUCCACCUCUCGUAGCGGAAGAGAGGAAAGGCGCGGGGUUACAAUGACUAAGUGAAUACUAAAAACUACCGAACCUUAAAAAAACUAACUGUAUACUAAAUUUUUGUCAAACAUUUAAUGUACGAUAAUAUUAGGUAAAGUUAAAUGUAGUUAAAUCAAUAAUAAUUAAAACUGAGCUUGUCUGUUGAAUUAAUAAUGUCGUUUACAUGUAUAGGGCAGGAGACGUCAAUGCAAAUUUGAGCACAUACAGGUCUGUGGAUGUUCAUGUAUUUAAUCCGAUAGAAGCAAGGACAUGUCAGCGAAAUAUCAUUAUCAAACCCACGUGUAACCUGCAAUGAUUAUAAUCAAUACUAUCGAUAAGUAUUUUGAUUAUAUAUUCAUA